AGCCGCUGCCGUGAUGAGCAUGAUGUUUGUUUUAAGCCCAUAUAACACGCGGUCAUAAAUGCGAUGUAUGAUGGCUCUGAACUCUCUGCGGGGUUUGGAGAUGUUCUGACGGGCAUCAGGCAGACUGACUCCGCCUCCGGCACCUGUAAAUCCGCCCUGAGCGCACCGAAUGAACGCAACACGUUGCUGAAUGAGAGAGAGAGAGAGAGGGGCGAUAAUACAGCGGUCUGUCCAUCAAAGGAAUUGGGGUGGAAACGGCGUUCGCGGACGAGUUGGCGAGCAAUUCACGAUCAUUUCGCGGCUUUAAAUCAUGUGGAUGUUCUUGAGUUUGGGGAGAUAUUAAAACAUGACGAUUUUCCACUAGUUUUCGUGCGUUUUGAGGAUUUCGGUGGGCGCGUCUCAGGUUGCCCGGAGAUCCGAAGAGCGGCCAAGCGCACGGGGAACAGCGGGAGGAGAGCGCGCACGCCCGGGCACACACGCGGGGCUGCCCGCCCGCCCUGCCAAACAUGGCUGAUCGUCGGUUGUGUGGCGCCGCCGGGAUCUCCAGAAAGACGCUCCAUGCUGCCCAUUGAAGGAGAUGAUGAUGGACCCGAUGAGAAGCAGCUCUCCACAAUAAUGACCAACUACAUCGACAAGCAUCUAAAAGCGGGUCCGUCCUCGGUUCGGAAGAUGAACGUGAUCAUCCCGUACACCCCAGAUGUGCCCUGUGACCCGAACGGGCAGCGCAUGUGGUGGGCGUUCCUCGCCUCCUCCAUGGUCACUUUCUUCGGGGGUCUCUUCAUCAUCCUGCUGUGGAGGACUCUUAAGUACCUGUGGAGGGUGUGCUGCCACUGCAAGGUGAAAAAGAAGGACGUUCAGCGAGUGAGUAACCCAGCUGUCACCAGUGAUGGGGGGAUUAAAGGAGGGGGAGAGCGUGAGACGGCGGCCAGCGAGGUGGGAUGGAUGACCUCUGUGAAGGACUGGGCAGGGGUCAUGAUCUCCGCUCAGACACUCACUGGACGCGUGCUGGUGGUGCUGGUGUUUGCUCUGAGCAUCGGCGCUCUCGUCAUUUACUUCAUCGACUCCUCUGACCCGAUCGAAUCCUGUCAACAUUUCUACAAGGACUUCACAUUACAGAUCGAUAUGGCGUUCAAUGUCUUUUUCCUGCUGUACUUUGGACUGCGUUUCAUUGCAGCCAAUGAUAAGUUGUGGUUCUGGUUGGAGGUGAAUUCUGUGGUGGAUUUCUUCACCGUUCCACCCGUGUUCGUGUCCGUGUAUCUGAACAGGAGUUGGCUGGGUUUGAGGUUUUUAAGAGCCCUGAGGCUGAUCCAGUUCUCAGAGAUAUUACAGUUUUUAAACAUCUUAAAAACAAGCAACUCCAUAAAGUUGGUGAAUUUGUGCUCAAUCUUCAUAAGCACGUGGCUGACAGCGGCGGGCUUCAUUCAUUUGGUGGAAAACUCGGGCGAUCCUUGGGAAGACUUCCAAAACUCCCAACCACUUUCCUACUGGGAGUGCGUGUACUUACUCAUGGUAACCAUGUCCACGGUGGGUUAUGGAGACGUUUGUGCUAAAACAACCCUCGGACGCCUCUUCAUGGUCUUCUUCAUUCUCGGAGGAUUGGCCAUGUUUGCCAGCUACGUUCCUGAAAUCAUAGAGUUAAUAGGAAACCGCAAGAAAUAUGGCGGUUCGUAUAGUGCAGUAAAUGGGAGAAAGCAUAUAGUGGUCUGCGGUCACAUCACACUGGAGAGCGUCUCCAACUUCCUUAAAGACUUCCUACACAAGGACAGGGAUGAUGUCAAUGUAGAAAUCGUUUUUCUCCAUAAUAUUUCCCCUAAUCUUGAGCUGGAAGCCUUAUUCAAGAGACACUUCACACAGGUGGAGUUUUACCAGGGAUCCGUUCUGAACCCCCAUGAUCUCGCCCGAGUCAAGAUCGAGUCGGCUGAUGCGUGUCUAAUUUUAGCCAAUAAAUAUUGUGCGGAUCCCGACGCGGAGGACGCGUCCAAUAUCAUGAGGGUAAUAUCCAUUAAAAACUACCAUCCAAAGAUCCGGAUUAUUACUCAGAUGCUGCAGUAUCACAAUAAGGCUCAUCUUCUCAACAUCCCGAGCUGGAACUGGAAGGAGGGCGAUGAUGCCAUCUGUCUGGCCGAGCUGAAGUUGGGCUUCAUCGCUCAGAGCUGCCUGGCACAGGGUCUGUCCACCAUGCUGGCAAACCUCUUCUCCAUGAGAUCCUACAUUAAGAUUGAAGAGGACACGUGGCAGAAGUAUUAUUUAGAGGGAGUGGCCAAUGAAAUGUACACGGAGUAUCUGUCCAGUGCCUUUGUGGGUUUGUCUUUCCCCACGGUGUGUGAGCUCUGUUAUGUGAAGCUGAAACUUCUGCUGAUUGCCAUCGAGUAUAAAUCAGACCAGAGAGAAAGCAGCACGCUGAUUAACCCGGGAAAUCACGUGAAGAUGCAGGAGGGCACGCUCGGAUUCUUCAUCGCCAGUGAUGCCAAAGAGGUCAAGAGGGCACUUUUCUACUGUAAAGCUUGUCACGAUGACAUCACAGACCCCAAACGCAUCAAGAAAUGUGGAUGCAAACGAUCCAAGAGAUCCGGCUCCAAGAGAAUGCGGCUGGCAUGUUGUGUAGCUUGCGGUGGGGCAGGACGGUGCUGCCCGUGCAUGUCAGAAAGUGUCUCUAGUAACUUGGAGGUCCUGCAUCGUGGCUUCCCCCUCUCUCCUGUCUCUCUGUAUGAUAACACAACUACUUUACCCUACUCUAAAAGUAACUAUAAUGGAUACAUCAAAUCAAUGGUGGAGGAAGAGCAGCUGUCCACUCUGUCACCCAAGAAAAAACAACGUAAUGGAGGCAUGAGAAACUCGCCCGCCUGCUCGCCCAAAAUAAUCAGGCACGACCCGUUGUUAGUCACAGGACAUGAUCAAAUGGAAACAAUGGAUGAGAAUGUUAAGAAAUAUGAUUCGACUGGAAUGUUCCACUGGUGCCCGUCAAAAGACAUAGAAAAGGUCGUCCUGACCAGGAGCGAGGCGGCCAUGACGGUUUUGAGUGGUCAUGUGGUGGUUUGCAUAUUUGGGGAUGUGAAGUCGGCUCUGAUUGGUCUUCGUAACCUGGUGAUGCCUCUGAGAGCCAGUAACUUCCACUAUCAUGAGCUGAAGCCCAUCGUGUUUGUGGGGUCUCUGGAGUACCUGAAGAGAGAGUGGGAGACGCUACACAACUUCCCCAAAGUCUCUAUCUUACCUGGCACUCCACUGAGUCGAGCUGAUCUGAGAGCUGUCAACAUCAACUUGUGUGACAUGUGUGUCAUUCUGUCAGCCAAUCAGAACAAUAUCGACGAUGCGUCUCUACAGGAUAAGGAAUGUAUUCUGGCAUCUCUCAACAUCAAGUCCAUGCAGUUUGAUGACAGCAUCGGUCUACUGCAGGCAAACUCUCAAGGUUUUACUCCUCCUGGGAUGGAUCGCUCCUCUCCAGAGAACAGUCCUGUACAUGGACUGGUGCGUCAGCCGUCCAUUACGACAGGAGCAAAUAUUCCCAUCAUCACAGAACUCGUGAAUGACUCCAAUGUUCAGUUUCUGGAUCAGGAUGACGAUGAUGAUCCAGACACAGAGCUGUAUCUCACGCAACCCUUCGCCUGUGGAACAGCGUUUGCCGUCAGCGUUCUGGAUUCGUUAAUGAGCGCUACGUACUUCAAUGAUAACAUCCUAACUCUGAUCCGGACGCUGGUUACUGGCGGUGCCACACCUGAGCUGGAGGGUUUGCUAGCGGAGGAGAAUGCCCUGCGUGGGGGUUACAGCACCCCACAGACCCUGGCAAACAGAGACCGCUGCCGUGUCGCUCAACUGGCGCUCUACGACGGGCCCUUCGCAGAUCUCGGGGAUGGUGGUUGCUAUGGUGAUUUAUUCUGCAAAGCGUUAAAAACAUACAACAUGUUGUGUUUCGGAAUAUAUCGCUUAAGAGACGCACACCUGGGAGCACCCAGCCAAUGCACCAAACGAUAUGUGAUUACAAACCCACCAUACGGGUUUGAGAUGGUGCCUACAGAUCUUAUCUUCUGUCUGAUGCAGUUUGACCACAACGCCGGGCAGACCCGCGCCAACCUGACCACACACUCCACCAUCUUCCCCAGCAAAAAGAGCCUGUCCGCCCUCUCUAUACCCCCAUCGUCCGCGCGUCCCGGUCGCAGCCGGAGCAGAGACCAGCGUGACAAACAGAAGUAUGUUCCUCUAUAAGCAUCUGCCCGUUUGAUCUGUGCCACCCGUGCCCAUGCCCGUGCCGUGUGUGGUUCAGAUUCAGAACUUUUGAGAACUCAGAGAAACCAUGUGAUGCCACGGAUAAGAUUGUGACUACAGACUCAUCAUCACAUGGUUUGCCACGUCAAAACGCAAAGUCUGGACUUCAAUUUUUGUACUUUAUAAUAUAAAUAAAUACUUUAUACUAGCAUAGUUCAUGUGUGUUUAUCGCUGUUCUCCGUUUACAUGACAAACGAGCAUGUUUGUGUUGAAGAUUAGGAAGUCUUACACGGGUAACACUGUGUUUGAGUUAUUCGGUUUGACCAUUUUGCACUUAAACUGCACUUUAAUCCUACAGUGUCAUAACACCCGACCUGACGAGUGCUUGUGUGGUUAAUGAACGUUUGCCUUUGUGCUUUUACACUUCAAUAUGGAUGCUGUCUAAUCAGGGGUCUGUUCGUAUUACUCAGAUGUACGGUGAUGUUUCACAUUAUAUGAUCAAUUAUAAGAAGAAUCUUAUAUAGGAAUAUUCUGGGUUCAAUACAAGUUAAGCUGUACUGACAGGAUUUGUUGAUUACCCCCAAAAUAACCCCUUUUCCUCCCAAUAUGGCACGCCCAAUGUGCUCGUGGUUGCACAGUGACGUCAAUCCGUGCAUCUUAUCACGUGACUUGUCGAAGCGCGUUGCCAUGGAGACGUAGCACGUGUGGAGGCUUCACGCCAUCCACCGCGGCAUCCACGCACAACUCGCCACGCGCCACACCGAGAGCGAGAACCACCACAUUAUAGCGACCACGAGGAGGUUACCCCAUGUGACUCUACCCUCCCUAGCAACCGGGCCAAUUUGGUUGCUAUGGAGACCUGGAUGGAGUCACUCAGCACGCCCUGGAUUCAAACUCUCACCACUCCAGGUGUGAUAGCCAGCGUCUUUACCACUGAGCUACUCUAAAAAAAAUAAUGGCGCCCAUUCUGUAAACGCUCAUAUAUAUAUAUAUAUAUAUAUAUAUAGACAAGACAUGAACAGUACGUGUGUUAAAGGGACAGUUCACCCAAAAAUGCUAAUUCUCUUAUUAUUUACUCACCCUCAUGAUGUCCCAGGUGGGUAUGACUUUCUGUCUUCAGCACAACACAUUUGAAGAAAAAGAGUAAAAUAUGUCAGCUCAGGCGGUCCUUAUAAUGC